AUGCCGAAGGGGUUUUGGCGUGUGAUUGAAGAAAAAGGGUUAUUUUCGUCUUUCGUCCCUCACCCUCAUCGUCAAAUCGCUCGCUACAUUACCGGCGUCGACGUUAGCCGUCAUAAUUUGUUUACAAAUGGCUGUGGAGGCUUCAGAUGGGCCAGUAACUUUUAAAAAGAGCUCAGCGUCGAAGAGUAAUCAAUUGCAUUCAGAAAUGAAAAAUUCUGAUAGUUAUGAUGAUGGACAAUCAAAUAGAAAGACCUCUGACGUGCCUGCUUCAAAUGGCCAAAGUUCUAGCUCAUUAAAUGGUAAGGCAUCUGCCAUUGAAUCUUCUGUGGAUAUAUCUAAAGAAUCAAAUCUCAAAACUUAUACUAAAAGCUCCCCUUCAGCAAAUUCAAAAUUUCCAUCAUUGGGAAAUAAAAAUGAGUCUCUUUUAGAAAAGAAAAUUCCCAAAUGUGAUGAUUUUGAGGACGAGGAGGAUAAUACGCCAUUGAGUGAUAUUAGAAUGAAGAUGAACAAUGACAAUGAUAAGAAAGCAACUCCUAAUGCUCUGAAGAAAUCUUAUGAAGACUCUGAUGAUGAUGAUAUUCCUUUGUCAGCAAGGUUGCCACAUAAUACCAAUUUGGGAGAAUCUAGUUCUAACUAUGAUGACUCUGAUAAACAGGAAACGGCAUCUAAGCUGUCUGUUAAGAGACCGUUAGAUGAAAUUGGCUCAUUACAUUCUUCAGGUAAGAAGCCAAAACUCUCAGAUCCAGGUUCAUCAAUUAAUGCUAAACAAAUAUCGGUGAGAUCUGAUGCAAAGGUUGAAGAGGAAGAUGAUGAUGAUAUUCCUAUUUCCCGAAAAAAGAACAAGGUGGUCAAAUUAAUGGAUAAAUCAUCUUCCUCGAAGAAGUUGACAAAUGUCGCUAAAGUCAAUAAGGGUGCUGCUCCAUCUUUUAAGAAAAAGGAAAAGCUCAAAAAAUCAGGCAAUGAAUCAGAACAUUCCCAAUCUACUAAACUUCAAUUGAGCUCUGGUGAUGGGCAGAAAAAAUGGACUACUUUGGUUCACAAUGGUAUCAUAUUCCCACCUCCUUACAAUCCCCAUGGGGUAAAGAUUCUCUAUAAGGGGAAGCCAGUAACUUUGACUCCAGAACAAGAGGAGGUUGCCACACUGUUUGCAGUCAUGCGGGAUACAGAAUACAUGGAAAAAGAAAUAUUCAAGGAUAAUUUUUGGAAUGACUGGCGGGAGUUGCUAGGAGAAAAUCAUGUGAUUCAGAACUUAAAAGAUUGUGACUUUACACCGAUAUACGAUUGGUGCCAGAUUGAAAAGGAUAAGAAAAAACAAAUGAGUUUGGAGGAGAAAAAGGCCCUAAGGGAGGAGAAAAUGAAACAAGAAGAGAAAUACAUGUGGGCUAUUGUUGAUGGUGUUAAAGAGAAGGUUGGCAAUUUUAGAGCUGAACCUCCAGGAUUGUUCCGUGGACGUGGAGUGCAUCCCAAGAUGGGCAAAGUGAAAAGACGCAUCCGUCCAAAUGAUGUCGUAAUUAAUAUUGGAAAGGAUGCACCAAUUCCCGAAUGUCCUAUUCCUGGUGAAAGCUGGGCUGAGAUAACACAUGAUGAUACAGUUACUUGGUUAGCCAAGUGGCGUGACCCAAUCAAACCAAAUAAAUUAAAAAUGGUGUCUCUGGCAGCUAGUAGUUCCUGGAAAGGGCAGAGCGACAAGGAAAAGUAUGAGAAAGCAAGGAUGUUGAAGAGUUAUAUAGGGAACAUCAGGGCUGCAUAUACAAAAGGUUUCACAAGCAAAGAUAUUACUAAGCAGCAAAUAGCUGUUGCUACUUAUUUUAUUGACAAACUAGCUUUGAGGGCUGGCAAUGAGAAGGAUGAUGAAGAAGCAGAUACAGUUGGUUGUUGCACGUUAAAAGUUGAAAAUGUGACUGCAGAAGGCCACAACAAAUUGAAGUUUGACUUCCUUGGUAAAGAUUCAAUUAAGUAUGAAAAUACAGUUGAGGUGGAGCCUCCUGUUUAUAAAGCCAUUUUGAAGUUCCAAAAAGAUAAACAGCCCGGUGAUGAUCUUUUUGACAAGCUAGAUACAAGUAAAUUAAAUGCCCAUCUGAAGGAACUCAUGCCCAACCUGACAGCAAAAGUCUUUCGUACAUUCAAUGCAUCAUUUACUUUGGAUGAUAUGUUGAAUAAGGAAACUAAAGAUGGAGUUGUUGCAGAAAAAACAGCUGUUUAUCAGCAUGCAAAUAAACAGGUUGCAAUCAUUUGUAAUCAUCAGCGUAGUGUUUCAAAAAAUCACAGUACACAAAUUUCAAAGUUGAAUGAAAAGAUUGACGAACUUCAGGCUGUUUUAAAGGAGCUGAAAAUAGAUUUGGACAGGGCAAGAAAAGAAAAGCCACCUCUAAAGAGGAGUUCAGACGGGAAGAACAAGAGGAACUUGAAUCCUGAAGCGAUAGGGAAAAAGAUAGCUCAAACCAGCGCAAAAAUUGAGAAAAUGCAACGUGAUAUACACACAAAAGAAGAUCUAAAAACUGUGGCACUUGGCACGUCCAAGAUAAACUACUUAGAUCCCAGGAUAACAGUUUCCUGGUGCAAGCGGCACGAGGUUCCUAUUGAGAAGAUUUACACUAAAACUCUGCUGGAAAAAUUUGCUUGGGCAAUGGAUGUAGAUCCUGACUUCAGAUUCUGAGAUCUAUGAGAUAGAAGCAUACAAAUACAACUAUGUGGGGGGAUUUUUUUAUUUUUUUAUACUCAUUCCGUUUACAUUAAAAAUAAAUUUUGUUUCUUUAUUUUAUAAGUCCAACGGAAAUUUAUUUAUGUUUCUUAACAUAAACAACAUAUGAAAGUAGGCAUCUACAAGAACUUAGCUUGUAUUUAUUUACAUUUGUUUUUCACUUAGCUACACAGUUAAUACUAAAGGACUUCGAACACUAUGUUUACCAUUACACCAAGUAAUUGAUCCAAAAAGACCCUCCUCCAAACGAGGUUAAAGUAGAUGAGAAAACAACUUGGUAGCUUACUGUUUUGCUACUUUUUGUGAAUUGAGUCCUAUGUAACACAAGUAGUUGAAGUAGUCCAGGGUGGUGGUUUCAUAAACUAGCCCUGGUUGGAAUGGUUGA